UUAAUGUAGCGUGUGUUGGUUCUUCUUCCGAAACCCUCCCCUCAACUUCUUCGCUCGCUACUUCCCUGUGGCCUGUUCCAUCCCUCUUUCGCGGUCAUUUCCAUAGUUAAUCUCCGAGAACUUCCCGUUUGAGAAUCGCUGUCUCCUCCCACUAUCCUCUGCGUUUGAGCUGGUAGAGUCAAAUAUGGGACAAGCACUUUGCUGUGUUCAAGUAGAUCAGUCAAACGUAGCCAUCAAAGAGACUUUUGGAAAGUUUGAUGAUGUGCUCGAGCCUGGCUGUCACUUCUUGCCUUGGUGUCUGGGAAGUAACAUAGCUGGGUACCUUUCAUUGCGUGUGCAGCAACUUGAUAUUCGAUGUGAAACAAAGACUAAGGAUAAUGUCUUUGUCACUGUGGUUGCAUCCAUUCAAUACCGCCCUUUGGCAGACAAAGCAUCUGAUGCUUUCUAUAAGCUUAGCAACACCAGGGCUCAGAUCCAAGCCUAUGUUUUUGAUGUUAUCAGGGCGAGCGUGCCAAAGCUGGAGUUGGAUUCCGCCUUCGAGCAAAAGAACGAGAUAGCAAAAGCUGUUGACGAAGAGCUUGAAAAGGCUAUGUCAGCAUAUGGUUAUGAAAUUGUCCAAACACUUAUUGUGGAUAUUGAACCAGAUGAUCGUGUAAAGAGAGCAAUGAAUGAAAUUAAUGCAGCUGCUAGAAUGAGGGUGGCAGCAAAUGAGAAGGCUGAAGCAGAGAAGAUAUUGCAGAUCAAGCGAGCUGAGGGUGAUGCAGAGUCCAAGUAUCUGUCAGGGCUUGGUAUAGCUCGCCAGCGCCAGGCCAUUGUGGAUGGAUUGAGGGAUAGUGUACUGGCCUUCUCUGUUAAUGUGCCGGGGACAACAGCAAAGGAUGUAAUGGACAUGGUACUUGUGACUCAGUACUUUGAUACCAUGAAGGAGAUUGGAGCUUCAUCAAAGUCAUCUUCUGUUUUCAUUCCACAUGGGCCCGGAGUCGUGAAGGACGUUGCUUCACAGAUAAGGGAAGGUCUUCUUCAGGCCAACGCCCCUCAGCUGUAAAGGACAGUACUUGGUGAUCUACGACUCAACUUUGCUGUUAUAGGUGCGGUUAAGUCUUUUGUGAAUUGCAUGAUUGUUAAAAGGAAUACAAUGAAUUAUCAUAUGUAAAUACAGAUAUGUGAUGUCAUAUAGGUUGGUACAUAUUGUAUUGGGAUUUCUUAUACGGUUAUAGUUUUGGUAAAAUGCCUUUUAGAACUGCGAAUGAUGUUCUGAAGCAGGUGUUCUUCAGUAUUUUAUGUUUCAA